CGACCAACCACAAGACGCCCCUCCCCAUUUCACCCCGCCCAAAUUAUCCACCGCCCAACCACAAGACGUCCCUCCCCUUUUCAUCCCUCUCAAAUUAUCCACCGCCCAACCACAAGACGUCCCUCCCCUUUUCAUCCCUCUCAAAUUAUCCACCGCCCAACCACAAGACGUCCCUCCCCUUUUUAUCCCUCUCAAAUUAUCCACCGACCAACCACAAGACGCCCCUCCCCUUCUCAAUCUACCGGAAUUGUCCACCAAAGACUGACUACAAAACGUCUUUCUCCUGUUCAUCAAACUGAACGCCACUAUAAUAGGCAAACUAGUACAGCACGCCCAGCUCACCCUACCGAACAUCACAGCAAACCACAAAGGUCCUCUCCAGCGCACCGUACCGCAAGUCAAAGCAAAACACCAAAUCCCCGAGCUCAUCAAACCAAGCGUCAAAGCAAACCGUCACGUCCCUCCCCCACUCACCAGCCAAAAACUGCUGAACGCAAUAGCCAUCGAUCCGGUUCACCACAAACAACCCAUGCAACCAAAAAGUCGACAAGACCGAGUUACCAGCAGAGCUCAACAAUUCAAGGGAAGACAAGGAACACAAACUCUCCAACACAAAGUGUCACAAGCACCACCAGUCAAAAUCGUACCACGAAAGAACCAGACACAAAGCUAACACCCCAGUGUCCAGAUCGACAGUUCCCGUGUGAUAACGGCAUAUGUAUUUCCUUUGCCUACGUCUGCAACGGCUGGGACGAGUGCGGGGACAGCAGUGACGAGAGCCGGGAUCUGUGUCGCGACAAAAACGUCACGUUCCUCUGGUGCGGCAACAGCAUGAUAAAAGGACAAAACCUACACAAGUGCAACGGUGUCCCUGAUUGUCCGAAUGGUUUUGACGAGGUGGGUUGUGGGUGCGUGCUGAUGUGUGACGGAAACUCAACAUGUGUGAAACAAGAAGAUAUCUGUGACGGUCAGUCCAAAUGUACGGACGGAACAGAUGAAAUGCGUAUAGCAGGAAACACCUCCUGUUCAUGCGACAAGGUUCCUUGUCCUAGCGGCCUGUGCAUGCCCCCAGCUGAUUUACCAAAGAACGGCGAUUUGGAGUGCUGGGCGCCAGAGUCUGAGGCAAAACGGGAAACGGUGCUGGAGUACUGUUACGGCGAUGACGUUUUUGCCUGUGACAAUAACACUAAAUGCCUGAGUACUAGCUCCUGGUGCGAUUCAGUAAACAACUGCGACGAUAAUUCUGACGAGCCAAAUACGUCGAGGGGCGAGUACUCGUGCCGAUGUGAUGAAUUCCCGUGCAGUAAUGGUAAAUGCGUCUCCCAGAACAGCACGUGCGACAACGUGAACAACUGCGGUGAUGGGUCUGAUGAAAGUAUCCUGGCAGGAUGCAACAACCCAGAUGCUAAGAGUUGCAGGAACGGUCCUGACCAGUUCCGUUGCUCAAACGGCUUGUGCGUGGAAUAUAACAUAACGUGUGACAGUAGGAACAACUGUGGAGACUACUCCGAUGAGAAAAAUUGCCAGUUCCAGUGCCACAAAGAUGAAUUGCUAUGCGAUGAUAUAACUUGCUAUAAAAAAGCGAAGAAAUGCGACGGAUUUUCUGACUGCUUCGACGGAACGGAUGAGACCCACUGCACUUCACAUGAAGCAAUAGGUUGCAUCAUUGGACAGCUGCCAUGUGACGACGGAACUAAAUGUUACAGCGCGGUCCUCAAAUGUAACGGUAACAGUGACUGCCCCGACGGCAGCGAUGAAUCUAAUUGCCCCGCUGGAACGUUUUUCUCGUGCCCCAUAGGAAGUUUAUACUGCAAGGACCUAAUAACCUGCUAUGACCUCUCUAGUGACGUCUGUGACGGCAUUAAUCAAUGCCCUGGGGGCGAUGACGAAGAAUCUUGCCAUGAUCAUAAAUGCCCUUUUGACAAGCUACAGUGUAACGACGGGAUUAACUGCUACAAUGCAGACUAUAAAUGUGACGGUGAUAAUGACUGCCCUGACGGCUCCGACGAAUUUGGUUGCGAUGUAAUCUCAUGCCCUUUGGACAAGCAACGAUGUAACGACGGACGUCAUUGCUACGACGAGAUUUCCAAAUGCGACGGUAAAUAUGACUGCUCUGAUGGUUCCGAUGAAAUGUUUUGCACGUGCCCCUCAGGAAAAAUAUAUUGCAAUGACAAUAUUCACUGCUAUGAUUUGAUUGCUGACAAAUGUGACGGCAUAAAUGACUGUCCUGACGGCUCUGACGAGUUGGGCUGUCUGUCUCCGAGCGGCAGCAGCGGCAGCAGCAAUGAGCGGUCGUCUUAG